UUCCCAGUACUGAGCAUAUAUGCCCCAAGAUGCCUGACGUAACAGUAAUUAACGACCUCAGCGAAGACAUCCAUGUUGCUUUCUUCAUAGGCGUCCCUACCAGUUGGAAAAAUCACCUCAAACCCGGAGAACGUUGGACCACGCACCUAGCCAGCCUCCCGCUUCACUUUGAGGCACGCUCUGUCACGGGGAGUCGCGAGUUCAGCCAUGACGAAUCAAUGGAGAUGUUUGCAACCAUCGGAGGCGCUUGCGCUGCUGGUACUGCUUCGGUAGUUUCAGCAGGUGCAAUGUUUGCCAGCGACAUGCUUGCUGGCAUACCCAUGGUUUCGGUGCCACUUAUGGCUGCUGCGAGUGCUGGUGGCACGAAAUACGGUGAGUGGGGUGCAGGCGGGAGGAAGUGCACUGCGAGGGUGUGGGUGCCGCUGUGGCACCAGCCGCAGUAUUCAGUCAGAAUGGUUGAUGGGAGAUGUGUUUUGUGGGAUGUCGAUGCUAAUAGAGUGGUCUGAUAACUUGACCAACUCCCAUGAUGCACAUUUCAUUCAAUCAUUUUGUUUCGAGUCAUCGUCAUUGUACAUAAAUAUUAGUAGCUAGCCAGGGCCUGUAUGAUAAAAUACGCCAAUAUUCAUCUCCUGUUAAUGUAAAGCGCUCUCAUCCUAUUCGAGUACACCUUCUCAUCACACUCAAUAUGUACUCUGCUAUCCCUAUCAUGCACAUGUCUUCUGCUCUCUUGUGAUUCUCACCCUCAAUCUACAGUCAUACAAUUUUCGACCACAUAUUCAUUGAUUCAAGGAGCAGGACGGGCUCUUUUCUGUCAGCAGCGAGCUCGAACUUCUCCUAAAGCUCACUGCUGCGACGGCCAACCGUACCACAAAGUAUUUCUUGUAACACAGCCUGAUAUCAAGGAGAACAACAUUUCAUGUACCAAAUUUUGAUUUCUUGUCAGCAUAGAAUACCGCCGUCGACAA